AUCUCGCGCGAGAGAGAAAGAGAAUCCGACAAAGUUUCCACGCAACAAAAAAAAACCACCGACCCGAACUCAACAGAAGCGGAGCCCAUCGAACGUGGAGUCCCCUGGACACUGCCACAGCGGUACCCAAAAGCGAGGGACUGGGGAGCGAUGGACGGUUCGGCGAUGUGCGCCGAGACCUCCGCUCAUCCCCUGACUCGGGACAGUCUUAAUGAGGCUAUUAAAGUGGAAAAGGAAGAGUUCCUGGAGAGUGAUGCUUCUUCGUCCAAGACCGGCUUCAUCCCUUUCCUGACAGGUUAUAGGAUUAAAACCGAGGUUUGCGAUGAUGGAGAAGACUUGGAGAAAAAUGUGGAUCUCGUCAUUGAAUUCGUGACCUCAAUGGCCCCUGAGGCAGGAGAGACCUCACAUGCCCCCAAAGCUGGCACGUCAAAGUUGCUGCAGCGUGGAGCAUCUGACGCGGUGAAACUUGAAAAAGCAGAUGUCGGUUCCAGCACUCGUCGCAUGUCUGCAGCAUGCACAGUGGGAAGAUCGAUUUGGAUGGGUGCCGUGCGCCAGAAUGCGGAGCGGCAAAGGAGAAGAUGUAACUUGGCGCUCAAAGAGAUUGGACUGCGCGGCUCCAAACCGUACAGCGUGAAGCUCACCGGGGAUGCCUUUAAGAAGCAUAAAGCGCUGGGCGAGAGAGCUUAUCACUGCGAAAGGUGCGGACGAGGCUUUUUACAAAACGGUGCCUUCAAGCGCCAUCGACGUAUGCACACGAGAGGGAACCUGUAUGGCUGUGACUUUCAUGAGCGCAUGUUCAGGAGCUACGGGAGUCUGAGUUACUAUUGGAAAAGAGACAAGGGCGGGACGUGGCAUCUUUGCAAGGGCUACGGCAAAGCCGACUUGCGCACAAACCAGCUGGGAUGUCACCAGGUUACACAGAGCAGUGAGAAAUCAUUUGGGACUUUGAAGGAGUCAAAAGCCUCGCUUUUCACUCAACUUAAGAACGAGCAGCGAAUACACAGAGGGGAGAAUUGCCGCCGCUGUGAAAAGUGCGGUGAAGCGUUCUCAAAAGUCACCAAACGUAACAGCCAUCAGUGCAUACACAGGCAAGAAACGCCCCAUUGCUGCAAGGUGUGUAACAAAGUAUUCUCGCAUGCCAAGCAUCUGAACAAUCAUCAGCACAUACACAUGAGAGAUAAGCCUUUUAUUUGCAAAGAGUGUGGAAAAGCCUUCUCACAAGUAACCCAGCUCAAUAAUCACUGGCGCAUUCACACUGGGGAGAAACCCUAUCACUGCAAGAUGUGUGACAAAGCCUUUUCGCAGGUCACCAAUCUUAACAAUCACUAUCGCACGCACACGGGGGAAAAGCCCUACCGGUGCCAGAUAUGCGGAAAAGCCUUCACACAAGUGACAAAUCUGAACAAUCACUACCGCACACACACAGGAGAAAAACCUUUUCGAUGCAAGAUGUGUGACAAAGCCUUUUCGCAGGUUGCUAAUCUUAACAGUCACCAGCGCAUACACCACCCAAUGUACUAGCCUUUUCAGAGAAAGAUGUACGACAUUGCUUUUUCCAUACCAUAGUAAUGUUAAGUGUUCACUGCAAUGGAACUACCGUAUUAUAAUUGUACGAAAAUUAUUUUGCUGUAAACUUAACACUUUCUGUGCUGUGACUGAAAAUUAAAAUUGCUUAGCAUACUGACAUGUUGACAGCAUUUGGGGGAAAUUUAGUUUGUAACCAAGCGGUGGCCCAGAAGUCAGAGGGCCAAGCUGGCCUCGCUGAGUUUCUGGAUUCUCAAGUGUAUCGAUUUCAUGGUCUCAACUGAGUGACUAAUGGCCGGGUGCCACGUUGGCGAGAUGUUAACUACCUUGCAUGUUGUACAGGAGAUCGUGGGUUUCGAUCCCGAACCUGACGCCUGUGGAUUUUAGUCCGGGUCCUCCGGUUUUUCCCUCCAAAUUUAGAAAC